AUGGAGGUGGAGGAGGAGGAAAGACGCUCUCCACACGAUCAUGGGGAUCGGUGUGUUCCCGAGAGCUUCUUUGAUCGCGUAACGCAAGGGUUACGCGACGAUCUCGAACAUGAGCGGAAUAGGCGUCUCCAAAUGGCGGACACUGCCUUGAAGCAUCGAGCUGAGUUUGCCUUUGCUCAGCUUGAGAACGAGAGAUCUCUGACAUCUCUUCGUGACGAGCUAAGGGUAGCUCGUGGGAUUGUAGAUCUGUCUCGGGAUGAGAUAGCUGCUCUUCAGACCCUUGUUGAUGCCCACCAUCGGGAGCACAAGGCUCUCUGCGAGAUGCUUGAGCGCAAGGGCGUUCUUCAUCGGAAGAAGCAGCGUACUGAUGGUACGGCUUAA